AUAUGUCAUAAGCUUACCACAAAGAGAUAUAGUAUUCAGUGAAAAUGAAUCCGAAAAAACUUAAUUAUGCAAUUAUAGUUUUGGUCAUAUAUUUUUUGAAUGGAAAUGCUCAUUCUCAGCUGGAGGUUGGGUUUUAUACUUAUUCAUGUGGCAUGGCUGAGUUCAUUGUAAAAGAUGAGGUCCGAAAAAGUUUCAAUAAGAAUCCUGGAAUUGCUGCUGGACUUGUAAGAAUGCAUUUUCAUGAUUGCUUUAUCAGAGGGUGUGACGCAUCGGUACUUCUCGAUUCUACUCUCUCAAACAUUGCAGAGAAAGACUCUCCAGCCAAUAAACCAAGUCUCAGAGGGUUUGAAGUUAUUGAUAAUGCAAAGGCUAAACUUGAAGAAGAAUGCAAAGGAAUUGUUUCAUGUGCUGACAUAGUUGCAUUUGCAGCAAGGGAUAGUGUGGAGUUGGCUGGAGGGCUUGGCUAUGAUGUUCCUGCGGGAAGAAGAGAUGGGAAAAUAUCACUAGCUUCAGAUACAAGAACAGAAUUACCUCCUCCAACUUUCAAUGUUAACCAACUCACUCAACUCUUUGCAAAGAAGGGGUUAACACAAGAUGAAAUGGUCACUCUCUCUGGUGCACACACCAUUGGUCGGUCUCAUUGCUCCGCUUUCAGCAAGAGAUUAUACAACUUCAGCAGCACUUCAAUCCAGGAUCCAAGUUUAGAUCCCUCAUAUGCUGCACUAUUGAAGAGGCAAUGUCCACAAGGCAACACAAACCAAAACUUGGUGGUUCCAAUGGACCCCUCUAGCCCUGGAACUGCAGAUGUAGGAUACUAUAAUGAUAUAUUGGCAAAUAGAGGCUUGUUCACUUCUGAUCAGACUCUCUUAACCAACACUGGAACAGCCAGAAAAGUUCAUCAAAAUGCCAGGAAUCCAUAUCUAUGGUCAAACAAAUUUGCAGAUGCAAUGGUAAAGAUGGGACAGGUCGGUGUCUUGACAGGUAAUGCUGGAGAGAUUAGGACAAAUUGCAGGGUGGUCAAUAGCUAGAUAUGGUGUUGAAGGACUGAAGUUCCUGCAGUAUUAAAGAUUUUAUUAAUUCUGUUGUGUUUCAUUUGGUUUUGGCUACUUAAUUACAUAGCCAACAACUUUGCUUUGGUUUAUUUUCUGUGUAACUGUGGCAUUCAUUUGUGAGUUGAUUGUGGCCCUUCUACUUUUCUUGAAAUACACAGCUUGUAGCCUUGUCAUAUGCAACAAGAAUUUACCCAUGUUAUCGAAUAAAUUCUUCUGUAUGCAUAAUUGCAAA